CUUGACGUCUUAGACUUAGAAUUACUUGAUUGUAGGCUCUCAGCAUCUCAGAUUUUUUUCUACCAACGUGUGUAUAUGUUUAUUGAAUGAUUUCCUCCAGAGUUUUCCCAUUCGAUUCUUUUGAUUUAUACAGUGCUGUGUUAUGCAAUGCCCUCCGAAUUCCUAUGCGAACUGUGAAAUCUCGAAGACACACGCGUUUAGCUGCUAAUUUGCGGAAGUAGAGUUUAGUUUUUUUUUUUGGUGUAAAGUGGUUUCAGAAGAAAAUCAACAAAUACACACGUUGCAGGUUACACUAAACAGAAGACGAUGCACAAUAUUUACCCACUUAGGGGUGAUCCAUUAUGCCCCCUAGGGUUCCACCCUCAAGUCAGAUGGCCCACGAGGUGCAAACGAUGUUUUCGCGACUACAAAGAACAUGGGGGUAAGAAAAGAGAUGAACCAAGCUUAAGACGCGACAACUCAACAGCUUCAACCCCAAGCCUGUCCUUAAAUUUAAGUGACGGCAGCACGAAAAGAAGUUGGGUGUCAAGUUCCAAUUUAGCCGGAGAAAACGAUAAGUCGGGAAGCAGCAGUGAUAGUGAAUAUUCCAAUCCAUCAUCAUGGAUAUCAACUCCCGACUUAGCCAAUCUUCAAGAUGACAUGCAAGCGGUUCCAACAGUCAGUAUUAAAUUGCCUAAGCGAAAAAUAAAACACAUAGAUACAGGUCAAAGAACUGUUUCAGAUAGUGUUUCGCUUAUGAAGGAAAGAAAAUCCUCAAUAUACGAUAAAAAUGACACAUUAGCGACCAGAGUGAAAAAACUACAGGCAAUAAAAGAAUCAACAUAUUCAGAUAAAUCGUCGAGAAGGAUACAAAUCAAAGAAGUGAAAACAAUUUCGGAGGAACCAAAUAAUCAUGAUGUACAAUUUCUUAUUCAAGUGAAACGAAACGUAAAAUCUGAAGAUUCACCUGAAACUUCCGGAUCAGGUUCAGACCAUGAUGAUACAGUUAGUAACGCUGAUACGGAAACAACUGACACUACUUUAGUAGGAGUAGACAAUGAACUACGGGAACAACUCGAAAGCCUUCGCAAAGAACUAGAAACCACAAAGUCAAAAUGUGAUCGAUUGGAACGCGAGAAAAGCGACAUCCUACUUAGAAGAUUAGCUGCAAUGGAAACUACAACCAGCAAAACAACAGCGACUGAAGUCUUGAAGCUGCAGCAAAAAUGCAAUCAACUGCAGCAGCAACUGGAAGACUAUAUAGAUGAUAAGCGCAGCUUAACUUUGAGGGUCAAAGAAAUGGAAGCUGACUUGGACCUUAGGCCAACUGCUCAGGAAGCGCAAAAGGUAGCUGAUGAACUUAGAUCUAAAUUGUUGGCAGCUGAAACAGUAUGUGAGGAGCUCAUGGACGAAAAUGAAGACAUGAAAAAGGAGCUCAGAGACAUGGAGGAACAAAUCGACGAAAUGCAGGAUAAUUUCAGAGAGGACCAAGCUGUGGAGUACACGUCAAUUAAAAAGGAACUGGACCAAACCACCAAGAACUGUAGAAUACUAUCCUUUAAGCUCAGAAAAGCAGAACGCAAAGUGGAGCAACUAGAAAAUGAAAAAGCUGAAAUAGGAAAAAAACUGACUGAAGUAUCUGGAGCUCCGGGAACUCUAUCCCAUUUAGAUCGCAUUAAGCAACUGGAGCAAGAUUUGAAAAUAUCUAAUGAAGUGUCACUAAGACUGCAAAAGGAGUUAGAAGAUUCGCAUAAAAAACUUGAAGAAAGCGCAAAGAACACUCCCAUUAAAAAGAAAGCUCCUCUCCUUGGAGCUCUGGGAAAGAGUCCCUCUGGUGAUGGGCAAAAAGUAUCAAGAGAGUCACUAACAAGAGGAGGCUCCCAGGAUGAUCCAGCUCAACUACUAAGAGACUUACAAGACUCCCUGGAAAGAGAAGCUGAUCUGAGGGAACAGUUGAAGUUCGCCGAAGAAGAGAACAACCGCUUACUUCGCAAGAAAAUCCCACAUAAAGUAUUACCGCCCACUACUCAUUGGGAAAAUAAAUACACUCAAACCCUAUUUAAUUGCAUAUUUAUGUCUACUCAAACCGACAUCAGUUUGUUUGAGAAAUCUUCAAAUCAAUUUAAGUCAACUCAAACUGAUAAUUUUACCGGUAACAGUAUGAGCGAAAAAGAACUAGAUAAACCAUUUGAAAGUCAAUCCGCGCUCAAACAAUUAAUAACUUCGAUGCAACUAAGAAACUUGCCGAUGACACAAAUUCGUCCAACAAGAUGGUUUUCGCCAAUGGACACUUUUGUAGCGGUCAUGGGUCGCAAACUAAGUCCAACAAAUCAAAGGUUGACUCCAGAGCCACCAGAAAACAAAGAUUUGUCGGAAGAUGAAAACUUGGAGGAAAUGAAAUUACAACUUGAACUCAGCGAACAGGAAGCCUCAGUUCUUCGAAAGAAGGUUGAAGAACUGGAAGCGGAUAACAGAAGAUUGAAGACGAAAGCCAAAGAUUUAAACGAAAAAUUAGGAACCAAAGUGCCCGUUAGGAAAUCUUUAAUAACCAGUGAUAAGGGCAACUCUAUAGACAAUCAAAAAGUUAAAGUGUUGGAAGAUGAGACAAAUGAUUUACGCAAAAAACUAAUUGAGAAAGAAAGAGACUGUGAGCGGCUUCACGCUGAAAUUGCACUGAAUCAAAAGCGUUCAAAAGGAAUGCAGAAAGUCAAAUCCUUGGACUUAGAUCAACAAACCCUUGAUCUGAAAAGACAACUGCAAGUGAUUGAGCAGGAGGCAGCAGUAUUGCGAAGCAAAGUUCAAAAUUUAGAAUCUGAAAACGACAAACUAACUGCCGAAAAUAAGAGGUUGAGCUUACUGAGAAACUCAAAAGCGGGUAAACUAAGUGACAAGAAUUUAGACAAAUGCAUAGACCAAAUCGCAGCACUUGAAAUAGAUCUAGCUGAUGCAAAUAAGAAAAUCAAACAGCUCGAAUCAUCUGGCACCAUAAUUGGAGAAUUUAAGGGAGACUUCAAAAAGUUUAGUAAUAGAAAUCCAAAGAAAGUUUCUGCUCUAACCUCCCGAGACCAACUAAAGACGAUGGUGAGUGAUUUGGAGAAGGAGAUAAGCGAGAUAUUAACUUACAUGAAAACAAGUGAGAACGAAAAAAUUAAGCUUGAAGAAGACCUGAAAAAAGCGAAAUAUAGUUCUGAACUGGAAAAAACACUUAAAGACUUAUCAGAACUUAAGAAGAAGUUCGAAGGCACUAAAAAAGAACUAGAUGAAGAAAAAACCAAAAGCACAAAAGCUUCCCAGAAAAGUGAAGAACUGUCAUUAGAAAUGAACAAAAUUCGAGAAUCUCUUGAAAAGAUUACGAGCGACAAAAAGAAAUUGAAAGACCAAUUGGAAAAACUGAAUAAGGAGCAAAAGAAGGCAAUAGACGAAAAGACGAACCUGAAUGAUAAGCUUGCCAAGAUGAAAGAUCAAUUAGGGGAUUUGGAAAGUAAAAAAGAUGAAGUCGUUUUGUUAAACAGGAAAAUCGAAUCUCUUAAAAAUGCGCUGGAUGACAAAGAGCUUGAACUGAAAAAACUAGAGAAAAAUGCUGAAGAAAUCACAAGGCUCAACAAUGAGAACGUUUCCAAGGAUAAGAAAAUAUCUGACUUAGAAAUCCGAUUGACUAAAUUCGAAGACAAAUAUACCGCGUGUGAUAAAAAAUUAAGCGAACAAAGCAAGGACAUGGAGAGAAAGAUCGAACAAGAGAAACAAAAAAUUAAAAAAUUGGAAGAAGUUCAGUAUAAACUUGAAGAUGAGAAAAAGAAACUGAAUUAUCAAAUUGAAAGCUUAAAUACUAAGAUCAAAGGAUAUGAAAACACCAUUGAGCAAAAGGACAAAUUGGUAAAGCAACUCGAAGAAAGCUUAGCUCAAGAGAGAGAAAUGGUUUCCAAAACCAACCUUAAAAUAGGAGAGCUGGAAGGAAGAGAAAUCAGCAAACUAAAAGAUGAAUUAAGCAAAAAAGCUGUAAUACUUUCUGAGUUGGAAUCUAAAUUAGAACUCGCUAACAAGAGUCAGAAGAAUUUGGAGGAUAAGCUUAAAAAAGCAGAGCUGGAAAAGAAAAAUGGCACACUGGAGCAGGAAAAGAAAAUCAAAGAGCUGCACAUUGACCUACAAAAUGAAAAGAAAAAAGUUGAUGUCCUGAAAUCGAAUGCCGAAAAAGAGCAAAAGAAUCGCGAGCUGGAACUAGUCACUCUAAAGAACAAAAUUAAAAAACUGGAAAUCGGUACUGGGGGAGGAAUCAAACGAGAGCUUGAACUUAAACAAUUCCAAGAAGCUAUUGAAAAACUAGACAACACAAUUAGCAGAGAAAGGCAGAAAUAUGAUGACCUCACCGCAAAAUACGAAAUUUUGGAAGAAGAGCAUGUGGUAACCAAGGCCAAGUUGGUAAUGGAAAAGGAAACGUUAGAAAAUCAAUUCAAAAAUCUCAAGAAAGAGCAAGAUCAGCUAGAAACUGAGCUAAAAACUCUAAGAGAGACUUACAACGUUAAGCAAGAUGCUUGGAUAAAAGAAAAGCUGGAUAUAGAACAAAAGCUUAAAGAUAUGUCUAGAGUGAACUAUAAUGGUGGAGACAUUGACAAACAAAGACUUAAAGCGCUUUUCGAGGAAAAGCAAUCUGAGGUAGAUCAGAUUAAGAAGGAAUAUGAUCUGAUCCACAACGAAAUGGACUAUAUGAGAAAAGAAAAUGACGAAUUAAAGCGAAAACUGGAUGACUAUGAAAAAGUUAACAAAGUUCAACGGAAUAUUAGUGCUGACUCAUCUGCAAUGGAACACGAAAUUAGACACUUGCGAAUUAAAUUAAACAAUGCCGAAAAGGUGAAGAAGGGAGAAGUAGGAGAAUGCAAGAUGAGGUAUGAAAGCCAACUAAGCCUGGUCAAUCAAGAGCUGCAAUCGUUACAAAACCAGGUACUCAGAUUUAAACGUGAACGUGAUAAUUAUAAGCAUAUGUUGGAAACGGCCCAAAAAACCAUGAGCGAACUUAAACAGUCUCCCAAAUUGCAUAGCAAUAAAGGUCCUAAAGAAAAGCUGCAUUAUGACGAGCUUGAAGAAUCCAAGAGUAAAAUUGCUACAUUGGAGCAGCAAAUAAGUUGCAUGGAGGAUGAAUUAUCAGAAUCUCGCCUGGAAAGCUCAAGACUGAAAACCGAACUUAUAUCUGAGAGGUCUUCGUGGGAAGUUCGCCUAUCUGAGCUCCACUCUAAAGUAAACGAGUUGGAAGAGGAAAAAGUUCUGAAUAGCGGUCGAACAAAGAUAAUGGGUUUAAGAACCCGAAUGGAACUCGCCUGGCAAAAGGAGCGAGAAGAACAGCAAAGGCUGCUACAAGAAACCGCAACACUUGCCCGUGACUUACGGCAGACGCUUUUUGAAGUUGAAAGAGAGAGAGAUAAGGAACGAUUAGAGGCCAAACGAAAACAAGAUCAAUUUAAAAAGUCUGUUGAUGAAGAUCAGGAUGAAACAAAGCGAAAGAUUACUGAGCUGCAAUGUGAUCUUUUGGAACUACGUGAUGCUCACGCAAAACUUCGAACUACUAAUGAGAAACUAAGAAGAGAAAAGGAAAGGUUUGAAAAAGAAAGAGAAGAAUUCAGAUUGCAGAAAAUUGGUCGCCGACGAACUGAUAAUGAAGACGACAGAAAGAUUGAGAAAAUUGUAGAGCAAGUUGAUAUUUUAAAACAACUGGCUCCAGAGCUAUUUUUCUCUAAGGACCAGGAAGAUCCAUAUACACCCACACCACCUAGACGAACUAAAUCUAAGUCCAGAGAAACUUCUCCAGCAAUCGGCUCACGUGAAAGUUCUGUAAACCCUGAAGACAAGCAACAACAAAUUCAGAAAAUCAUGCAGCGACUUGUGCACACAACUGAGGAUUUAAGAAAGUUACAAAAGUACCAUGAAGACGAGCAAGAAAGAGAGAGGCUCAGAAGAAUAGGAAUGCGCAGAGCAACGUCUACAGAAGCUGAAAAUGUUGGAAGCGCUAGAUAUAGUAGGACAGUUAUGAGGCAACAAACUGCUAUUGAUCGUCAAGGCAGCCUGCACAGAAAAAGUCUUUCUCUUGAACACAAUAUCCAAGCAGACCAGAAAAUAUGGAGGAAUGACAAUGACGAUAGCAUGUCAAGUUUGCAGUCCUUGGAGUCUGAUGUUGAUCUAAAAAGAGGAAAAAGAGAUUCCAGCUUAGACAGUCGAUUAUCCGGAGGAUCGACUCAAAGCGAUGUGGGAGAAAAGAAAAAGAAGAAAAGCUUGAUUGGCAAGUUGAAAAACUUAACAAAAUCUAGGAGCAUUGAUGACCAAGAUCCGGGCACUUUUUCUAAUUCUAAAACCCUUAGCUCCAAGAGUAAUUCCAGAAACAACUCGAAUUCGGAUGUGAAUGAAGAAAAAGGGAGUAAAAAAGACUUGAAAGAGAGACUGACUGGCAUAUUUAGACGAAGCGGCUCAUCUUCAAGAAGCAAUAGCGUGGAAAGAAAACAAGAAACAAGUUCAACCCAAAGACCAUUAGUAAAAAACGGAAGUAAUGGGAAUAUAAAUUCAGGACUUAGUUAAUAUUUCCAAUUCAUUCGGGCUUUGAUUCACUUAGAUUCGAUUUACCAUACCAUGCCCAAAGCGCAGCUCAAUAUGUUCUAAUAUUUAGAAUAGCACAUUUGUAAUAUAUAAGUUCCAUUUUCUAUUUGUGGUAACCGUGAAAUGUAGUUAUAAAUUUUCUCUUUAUGAUUUAUGUACCUACAAGUAUUUUAUGUGUAUAUUUAUUCAAUAGUAGAUGUUACCUUUCCCAAUCUUGAUGUGUAAAGCGAAAUAAACUAUCAUUGAUUCGA